CCCCCGGGAAGGUCUGGUGGCGGCUGCGCAAGACCUGCUACCGCAUUGUGGAGCACAGCUGGUUCGAGACCUUCAUCAUCUUCAUGAUCCUGCUCAGCAGUGGCGCACUGGCCUUCGAGGACAUCUACUUGGAGGAGCGGAGGACCAUCAAGGUCCUGCUGGAGUACGCUGACAAGAUGUUCACCUACGUCUUCGUGCUGGAGAUGUUGCUCAAGUGGGUGGCCUAUGGCUUCAAGAAGUACUUCACCAACGCCUGGUGCUGGCUGGACUUCCUCAUCGUGGAUGUCUCGCUGAUAAGUCUGGUGGCAAACACCCUGGGCUUUGCCGAGAUGGGCCCCAUCAAGUCUCUGCGGACGCUGCGUGCACUCCGACCUCUGAGAGCCUUGUCACGGUUCGAAGGCAUGAGGGUCGUGGUCAAUGCCCUGGUGGGUGCCAUCCCAUCCAUCAUGAACGUCCUCCUCGUCUGCCUCAUCUUCUGGCUCAUCUUCAGCAUCAUGGGCGUGAACCUCUUCGCGGGGAAGUUCGGGAAGUGCAUCAACCAGACCGAGGGAGACCUGCCCUUGAACUACACUGUCGUGAACAACAAGAGUGAGUGUGAGGCCUUCAACGUGACUGGCGAGUUGUACUGGACCAAGGUGAAAGUCAACUUCGACAACGUGGGGGCCGGGUACCUGGCCCUUCUGCAGGUGGCAACAUUUAAAGGCUGGAUGGACAUUAUGUACGCGGCUGUGGACUCCAGGGGGUAUGAAGAGCAGCCGCAGUGGGAAUACAACCUCUAUAUGUAUGUCUACUUUGUCAUCUUCAUCAUCUUCGGAUCCUUCUUCACCCUCAACCUUUUCAUCGGUGUCAUCAUCGACAACUUCAACCAACAGAAGAAAAAGUUAGGGGGCCAGGACAUCUUCAUGACAGAGGAGCAGAAGAAGUACUACAAUGCCAUGAAGAAGUUGGGCUCCAAGAAGCCCCAGAAGCCCAUCCCACGGCCCGUGAACAAGUAUCAGGGCUUCAUAUUUGACAUCGUGACCAAGCAGGCUUUCGACGUCACCAUCAUGUUUCUCAUCUGCUUGAACAUGGUGACCAUGAUGGUGGAGACAGAUGACCAGAGCCCUGAGAAGGUCAACAUCUUGGCCAAGAUCAACCUGCUCUUCGUGGCCAUCUUCACGGGCGAGUGCAUCUUCAAGAUGGCUGCCCUACGCCACUAUUACUUCACCAAUAGCUGGAACAUCUUCGACUUUGUGGUUGUCAUCCUCUCCAUCGUGGGCACCGUGCUCUCAGACAUCAUCCAGAAGUACUUCUUCUCCCCGACUCUGUUCCGCGUCAUCCGCCUGGCCCGAAUUGGCCGCAUCCUCAGGCUGAUCCGAGGGGCUAAGGGGAUCCGGACUCUGCUCUUUGCCCUCAUGAUGUCCCUGCCCGCCCUGUUCAACAUCGGCCUUCUGCUCUUUCUCGUCAUGUUCAUCUACUCCAUCUUCGGCAUGGCCAACUUUGCAUAUGUCAAAUGGGAGGCUGGCAUCGAUGACAUGUUCAACUUCCAGACCUUUGCCAACAGCAUGCUGUGCCUCUUCCAGAUCACCACGUCGGCUGGCUGGGAUGGCCUCCUCAGUCCCAUCCUCAACACAGGGCCCCCCUACUGCGACCCCAAUCUGCCCAACAGCAAUGGCUCCCGGGGCAACUGUGGGAGCCCAGCCGUGGGCAUCCUGUUCUUCACCACCUACAUCAUCAUUUCCUUCCUCAUUGUGGUCAACAUGUACAUCGCCAUCAUCCUGGAGAACUUCAGUGUGGCCACAGAAGAGAGCACCGAGCCCCUGAGUGAGGAUGACUUUGACAUGUUCUACGAGAUCUGGGAGAAGUUCGACCCCGAGGCCACCCAGUUCAUUGAGUACUCAGCCCUGUCCGACUUUGCCGACGCUCUGUCCGAGCCACUCCGUAUCGCCAAGCCCAACCAGAUAAGCCUCAUCAACAUGGACCUACCCAUGGUGAGUGGGGACCGUAUCCACUGCAUGGACAUCCUCUUUGCCUUCACCAAGAGGGUCUUGGGUGAGUCUGGGGAGAUGGACGCCUUGAAGAUCCAAAUGGAGGAGAAGUUCAUGGCGGCCAACCCAUCCAAGAUCUCCUACGAGCCCAUCACCACCACCCUUCGGCGCAAGCACGAGGAGGUAUCAGCCACGAUCAUUCAGCGAGCCUUCCGGAGGCACCUGCUGCAACGCUCCAUGAAGCACGCCUCCUUUCUCUUCCGGCAGCAGGCAGGCAGCAGUGGUCUCUCCGACGAGGAUGCCCCCGAGCAAGAGGGCCUCAUCGCCUAUAUGAUGAACGAGAACUUCUCCCGGCGCCUGGACCCACCUUCCAGCUCCUCCGUCUCCUCCACAUCCUUCCCACCCUCCUACGACAGCGUCACCAGGGCCACCAGCGAUAACCUCCAGGUGCGGGUGUCUGACUACAGCCGCAGCGAAGAUCUCGAGGACCUCCCCCCGUCCCCCGACAGGGACCGAGAGUCCAUCGUGUGAGCCUUAGCCCCAGCUAGCUGGACACCGAGAAGAAGCCCAUUGUGUUGUGGCACACCUGAACACGGUCACAAACCUGCAUCUCUGGGGGCCUUCCUUCCUUUGGGCUCCAGGGUGACAGAUGGGCCUCAGCCCGAUGGCUCUAUGAGGCAGAGUGACUGGCACCCGUGUCGACAGCCUGCACAGUUGGCAGAGCUGACUGCUGGGGGGGCCUGUCCCUGGAGGUCCCACACACAUCAGUGGCCUGCUCCGUCAGGCAACGCCCUGCGGCUCUGGAAAGCAGCUCCAUCCCAGUUGCCGAGGCAAAACAUAAAACUGAGACUGUAUAGGUUCUGAAUGGGCUUUCAUAAAUUUAUUAUAUUUGAUAUUUUUUUACUUGAGCAAAGAAUUGACCUUUUUUCUUCUGGACAUGGGCGGCAAUUCACACGGCCUCUUCUUGACUCUGAACAAGCAUAUCUGUGGAGCUGCUGCACCUGAGGGGAGCCUGUUCUCAGACUACCCAGGGUCAAACUGGAGUUCCCUGGCUGCUCGGGCUGAGGGGCCAGGGAGGGCCCAGCCUCUCACUCCCACGCUGUGCACGCUCCUCACACACAGGGCAGGCUCCCCUGGGCGGUGUCAGGCAGCCAUCUCCGCCCCAGCAUGAGGCAGACAGGCCCUUCCUCCCAGCCCCAUGAGUAGGGCUCUUGUCAACAGGGCUCACUCCGGCCUCCCAUCAUCUCCCAAGGCCCUGUUUUUUUCCUGUAGGGUCAGUCCUACCAAAAAAAAAAACCUUCUAGAGGAGGGGCCUAGAGCCCGGGCUGCUCCUAGGCGCUGAGGUUGGCUCCUGCACAAGUAUUAGCAUUAAAACUGAAGGGCACCAGGAGCCGCCUCUCACAGCCAGGCACACAGCCACUCCUCCAUCCUGGAGUCUUCUCCCAGCAGGCCGAGGGAGAGGAAGGCUGACUGAGCCAUGUGGGCUCAGGGCUGCGCAGCUUAACAUGGCCCGAGCAGCUCUCAGCCCAUCUGCAGAAAGGCACCUGCUGUCAUCUCCCUCUGACCACGGGGAGGGGGCCUAUGUGGCCCCCAGCUCCUCUCUAGAUGCCAUAGCAUAGAAAGGGGAGGUAACUUGGGCUUUGUGGAGGGAAGGGGCCUUGUUGGUGCCUUGGGUGGAGAGGGAGUCGUGAGACCACUGGGAAAAGGAGCAGUGUGGGCCAGACCAGUCCCUCUGCCGGCCCUGGGUCCUGGGAGCAUCCACAGCCAGGAAACUUCCCAGCAGGAGCAGAUUAACUCGAGGGCUUGCUCGUGCUUACUCAUCUGUAGUGCAGUUUGACCUGUUAGUCACGUGGCGAAAACAGGUGAGAUUGGGCCCUGCAGAUUAGUAAGUAGGCACAAGUAAGCCUGUGCGUAAUCGCUUUACAGGGUAACCCGUUCCUGCUUCGGGGGAGGGUCCAGGCUGCCCCAUAGGUCUCGUGGGAAGGCUUUUUCAGGUAAAAAUACUUUUUCUGGUCCGAUUACCCCAGGGCCUCUUCAGCUGCUGACAAUCCAUUUAGCAUAUGCAAAUCUUUCAAACUGUCCCCAGGAGAGCGACGGCGUAGGCUGGUGGGGCCUGAGCAGGCAGGGGCUCGGCUGGCUGCCCGGUCCCAGCUCCCCAGCAGAGCGCCCUCCCAUGGGGCAUCCGCUGCACAGGCCACCUCAGUCUGUUGUGCAGCCCGGGACGCCGCAGACCGGCUCCUAACCUACCUCGCCGAGCUGGCUGAGGGCUGGCCGUUUGUAAAGCUUGGGGCAUUGUGGAAGGGACACUGCUGGCGGGAAAGUAUUAUGUUUCUUCCUGUCAUCUGAGUCCCCUUGGUGGCACCCCAGCCCCGCCCACCCCACUCCCAGCGAUCUCUUCCCCUGUGUUCCCCUUGAGUCCGGCGUGGGGCUUAGUUUUAACUGUCCCUGCUCACUUCUCUGAGUGAAAUCUUAUUUUUGUAAGACUCUGUGCUUUGCUCUCAAGCUUGGAGAGGUGAGUGCCCCUCCCUGGCCGCCCUGCCCGCCCGGCUGUGGUUGGGGAGGCAGCCCAGCUGGCCGGAAGGAGACUGUGGUUUUGUGUGUGGACAGCCCUGGAGCCCUGAGACAGGUGACCGGCUGGCAGCUGACAGGCAGUGUCCCAGGGAAGGGCCAAGCAGCCCCAACUCCUCAGCUUUUAGCGUGGCUCUCGUUUUCUUCCUUUUCCAGAAUUGCAUACUGACCAGCAGGAGGGGGGAGGGUAGGAAAGUGGGGGAGGGACAAUAUCAAGUGCCAGGUGGUGUCUGAACUGAUCGAGCACUUCUCACCAAACUUCGUGUACAAAUAAAAUACAUAUUUUUAAAACAAACCAAUAAACGGCUUACAUGACCCUGUCUGGGCUCUGUCCUUGUGCUGAGGUUUGACAACGACCAAGGCAGAGGCCCGAGGAGCCUGUGAUGGGCUUGGUCCUGAGCGAGCCUGGGGAGGGACAGGGCCGGGGGCCUGGAUACAAUUCCUGUAACCACGCAGGACUCCAGCAGGUUUCCCAGAAAAAUACUGGGAAUACGAGCUGCCCAGGAAGCAGUCUGCCACCCCAAGCAUUCGCUCUGCCCACCAGAGGGCAUUGGGACCCCACUUUCUAGGACCCCCAGUCUGGGCACUGGGAGGGAGAGGACCACAGUGGGGGGCUGGUACCUAGGUAGGUUCAGAAAGGUAGAGACAGGAAGGGGCAGUUGUCAUGGGAACAGCAGCAGCUCCUGGGGUGGCUGCCCUUCGACCUGUGACCCUGACCUCACAGCUUCCCUGCCCGCACCUGCCCCUUGCACCUGAGUCCACUGCAGCCUCACUGCUGCCUGCACCAUGCCACCGAAGGUUCCCCCGCCCAGAAGGACCU